AUGACCACAUAUUCCGCAAACAAAAUCCUUGCUGUUGAAAGGUCCAAGCUCAGAGUAGCUUUUCAGGCUCCUUGCAAUAUUUCCCAUCCUUUGAGUGCCCAAAAGUUGACCUCAGCUUUUGAGAUUGCCAUCAAUAAAGCCAAUGCAGAUCCAUCUUAUCUAUACUACUACAAACUGGAGUAUAUAUAUGGUGACUGCAGUUGUGAUGCUAAGAAGUCCCUCCAAGCUUUCAUCAAUCAAGUUCAAAAAGAAAACAUUUCUGCCUUGUUUGGGCCAGUUUGCUCGGAGGCUGCUGAGGUUACAGGUUUGCUUGCUUCUCACUGGAAUAUUCCCAUGUUUGGGUUUGUUGGCCAAACUGCCAAGCUGAGCGACUCAUUUCUUUAUGACACUUAUGUCAACCUUGUCUCGCCAGUGCACCUGAUAGGUGAAGUGCUGCAAAAAACUCUUCAGUAUUUUGGGUGGAGAUAUGUUGGUCUCUUUGGAAGCUCCUAUGAUGCAUUUACAUGGGGUGGGUCAGAGGAAUUAUGGACAUCUAUAGAAAACCAACUCAAAUUCAAUAUAACAAUCACUGCGAAGGUGAGAUACAAUACAAAAGAUCAAAGCCUUCAUGAAGAGAAGCUCAAUUAUAUAUCAUCUGUUGCCAGAAUUAUUGUUUUAAUCUGCAAUUCUUUGGAUGCAAGAACCAUUUUGUUACAGGCCAAAGAAUUAGGUAUGAUAAACGGCCCAUAUGUGUUCUUUGUUCUACAACAGUCUGAGGUAAAUUCUUAUGCUGCCUACCUUCAUGAUGCUGUUUUGCUUUAUGCAUCAUCUGUAAAAGAAAUGUCAGAACAGAAAAAGGAUUUCCAUGAUGGAAGGGCACUUAUUAACACUUUAAAAGGCUAUAAUAAUACCCCUCUGUAUGGCAUUACUGGCCCUGUGCACAUUGAUGAAUUGGGUGAGAGAAAAAUGGAUUACUCUGUGUAUGAUCUUCAGGAAUCUGGAAAUUCUACUCACUUUGUUCCUGUUCUUAACUUUGAUAGUUACAGAAGAAUAGUAAGUCCCACUGCAGAAAUUAACUACAUCAGUUGGCCAAAUGGAGAAAUACCUCAUGACAAACCAGUUUGUGGAUUUCACAAUGAGCACUGUAAAACUCAUGCCACCAAAGGUAUAGCUCUGGUUGUUAUGAUAAUUCUCCUGAUAAUAACCAUAUUGGGGACCAUUGGUGUGACAAUAUUUAUGAAGAUCUAUAAAGGCAACCUUCAAAAGCAAAUCAGUGAUAUUGGAUGGAGAAUUAAUUAUGAGGAUAUCGUUCUUUUUAAUGAUGAUAAGGAAAAAUGUGAUCCGCCUCAAGCAAGCACACCAGUGCCUAAAGAAACAGAAAAUAUUGGGGCUCAUUUGUUUACUUCCACCAGUAAUUAUUCUUCACUGAAAGACAAGCAAGGGAAAGAAGAUUUUUUCACUACAGUAGGAUUGUAUCAGGGUGUUCUUGUUGCUGUCAAGUUCAUUGAUAACCAAACAGAUGCCUGGGUUUGGAAACAAUCAGUUCUUCAAGAGAUUCAAAUGAUGAGAGAACUGAGACAUGAAAAUCUCGUGGUCUUCUAUGGGAUAUGUCCCGAAGCUCCAAAUAUCUGCACUGUAAUGCAUUAUUGCAAGAAGGGAAGCCUAAAAGAUGUUUUGUUGCGUUCUAAUAUUGAACUGGAUUGGAUUUUCAAAAUCUCUUUUGCCUAUGACAUAGUCAAUGGUAUGUUCUUCAUCCACAAUAGCCCUCUGAAGUCUCACGGAAACUUAAAGCCUACAAACUGCCUGGUAGACAGUCGCAUGCAAAUUAAGCUCUGUGGCUUUGGCUUAUGGGAACUUAAAUACAGAAGAAAAUCUAGAAUAACAACUGAGGAGGAGACAAACUAUGCUGAUCUGUACUGGACAGCUCCUGAAUUGCUUAGAAUGGGGGAGUAUCCAUUUCAUGGCACCCAGAAGGGAGAUGUUUACAGCUUUGCUAUUAUUAUGAGAGAACUGAUAUACAAUUGUGAAGAUGGUCCAUUUCAAGAUCUAAAUAGGAGUGCAGAAGAAAUAAUAAAAAGAAUCAAGGACCCUAAGUCUUCUGUUCCGCUGAGACCCUCUCUUUCAGUAGACAAAUGCAACAGCAAGGUAACUGAACUUUUGAAGGUAUGUUGGGAAGAAUACCCAGAAAGGAGGCCAACAUUCUCUGAUAUAAAGACAGCACUAAAAGAUGCCAGCCCUGAUGGCCAUUUCAGUAUCUUGGACAACAUGGUUAAUAAACUGGAAAAAUAUGCAAAUCAUCUGGAAGAAGUAGUUGAAGCAAGAACAACUCUGUUGUUGGCAGAAAAAAAGAAGACUGAAAAGCUUUUAUCAGCCAUGCUACCUAGCUUUAUAGGAGAACAACUUGUUGCUGGAAGAUCAGUGGAACCUGAAAGCUUUGAAUCAGUCUCCAUUUUCUUCUCAGAUAUCGUUGGCUUCACCAAAUUAUGCUCUUUCAGCUCUCCCCUGCAAGUUGUCACUCUCCUCAAUGACCUGUAUAGUCUAUUUGAUAAUAUCAUUCAAAUAUAUGAUGUCUACAAGGUUGAAACUAUUGGAGAUGCCUAUAUGGUUGUUAGUGGCCUCCCCAUUCCCAAUGGGGCAAAACAUGUUGAAGAAAUUGCCACUAUGUCUUUGCACUUUCUCAGUGCAAUUAUAUCCUUCAAAAUCAGGCACCUGCCAAAUGAGAAACUAAGGGUGCGAAUUGGAAUUCAUACAGGCCCUGUUGUUGCAGGAGUGGUAGGCAUCACAAGGCCACGAUAUUGUCUCUUUGGAGACACUGUGAACACAGCCUCACGGAUGGAAAGUACCAGUUUACCUCUGCAAAUCCAUGUUUCUAAUAUCUCAGCAAAUGCUCUUCAAAGAAUUGGAGGUUAUAAUUUGCAAGAAAGAGGAACUGUAAGAAUAAAGGGCAAAGGACAGCAAAGAACUUUUUGGCUGAAAGGCAAGGCUGGAUUUGACAUGCCUCUACCAGAUUUCAACAGCAGGUUUCAACAACAGCUGAAGGGAAAUGUGGAGGCAGGAUCUGUAGCUAAUCACUUGACCUAA